AUGGGCGAUGAAUGUAGUGAGGCCGAAUCGAACGGCGGAUUGCCGCACUAUAGUGGCGAUGGAUGUAGCAAGGCCGGUUCGAACGGCGGAGUGCCGCACUGCGGUGGCGAUGGACGAAGCGAGGCCGAUUCGAACGGCGGAGUGCCGCUCUGCGGUGGCGAUGGGCGUCGGAAGGCCGAUUUCAACGGCGGAGUGCCGCCCUGCGGUGGCGAUGGACGGAGCGAGGCCGAUUCGAACGGCGGAGUGCCGCUCUGCGGUGGCGAUGGGCGUCGGAAGGCCGAUUUCAACGGCGGAGUGCCGCCCUGCGGUGGCGAUGGACGGAGCGAGGCCGAUUCGAACGGCGGAGUGCCGCUCUGCGGUGGCGAUGGACGGAGCGAGGCCGAUUCGAACGGCGGAGUGCCGCCCUGCGGUGGCGAUGGACGGAGCGAGGCCGAUUCGAACGGCGGAGUGCCGCUCUGCGGUGGCGAUGGACGGAGCGAGGCCGAUUCGAACGGCGGAGUGCCGCUCUGCGGUGGCGAUGGGCGUCGGAAGGCCGAUUUCAACGGCGGAGUGCCGCCCUGCGGUGGAGAUGGACGGAGCGAGGCCAAUUCGAACGGCGGAGUGCCGCUCUGCGGUGGCGAUGGUCCACGUUUUUAG